GGUGCAGGAGACCAAGGACACGUAACGUCAGGUUUCUUCGGUAGAAACUAGGAAAUUUGGCUUGGGCUCUUUUGCACAGGUCGAGGGGAAGUUGGUGCAGACUUACGAGAAACAAAAUAAACUUUUGGGUACUGAGUAUGGAAACGGAACCUUGAGAGGCUGGGUUGCAAAUGGAGUAGGAAGGAAAAGAGAAGGCACCUGCUGAGACAUGUGACCAGAAGACACCGGCCUGAGCAGCGCAGGCUCAGAGACAGCGUGACUACGUCAAGUAUAUAACCAGUUUUCAUGAAAGCCAACAGAGAAACAAAGCGCCUUUUUGUGGGUGGCCUUAGCCAAGCUAUUUCUAAGACAGACCUACAAAAUCAGUUCAGCAGAUUUGGAGAAGUUUCUGAUGUGGAGAUCAUCACACGAAAAGAUGACCAAGGAAAUGCACAGAAAGUCUUUGCAUAUGUUAACAUCAGAGUAGCAGAAGCAGACCUGAAAAAAUGUAUGUCCAUUUUAAACAAAACAAAAUGGAAAGGUGGUACCCUACAAAUUCAGCUAGCAAAAGAAAGCUUUUUACACAGAUUGGCCCAAGAGAGAGAAGAAGCAAAAGCAGAGAAAGAAAAAUCAACAAGAGGCAAGACCAACUUGUCAGAAAAGAUGGGAGGAGUGGAUUUCCAUAUGAAAGCGUUGCCAGGGACAGAAGUACCAGGGCACAAGAAUUGGGUUGUCAGUAAAUUUGGAAGAGUCUUACCUGUUCUUCACCUUAAGAAUCAACAUAAACAUAAAAUCAUGAAAUAUGAUCCAUCAAAAUACUGCCACAACUUAAAGAAGAUAGGGGAGGAUUUCACAAAUAGUAUUCCUAUAACUAGCCUCACUUGGGAAUUGGAAGGAGGCAAUGAGCCUAUGAGUAAGAAACGGCAAAGAGAGUUCUCUGACUGUCAUGAUCCUCUCAAGAAGAUCAUGAAAGUACAAAAGAGCCAGGGUUCCACUGUGAGUCCAAGGACCAGUUGGGUAAUGGAGAAUAACAUAUUACCACAGCAACAAGCUGAACAAAAAGCACCUCCUGAUUCCAUUACUCUUUCUAAAUCACACCUUGUACUUGAUUCUGAUGCUCAAAAACUUAAAAAUAUACUUUGUCAGACUUCUAACUUGGAAGCUGUCAGGAAGAGAAAUAGCAUGGAUGAUGAUGAUAUUGAUUCUGAAGAUGAAUUAAGAAUGAUACUUGCAAAAGAGGAAAAUUUACAGAGAACCUCAUGGUCCUCCAUCAGUACUGAAAAUGAUCCCUUUGAAGUUGUAAGGGAUGAUUUCAAAUUGGAUGUUCAUAAACUUCAUUCUUUAUCACGUGUAUGUAUGAAUAAUGUCUCUUGCCAUGUUAGUGACAAUAUGGGAAAUGUGUAUGAUUCAGGUGAUACAGAUGAACUCAUUGCAAUGAAAAAAAACAUCAGUAAGGUAAAAAACAGUGCAGAAUUUUCUCAAACAGAAAAACCUAUAAGCAAGAAAUCUUUCAAAAAGAAAGAGCUUUCCGGUCACUGUAAUAAAUACAAAAGAAAAAACAAAGAAUCAGCCGUUAAUCAUGGAGUGAAGCCUUUGUCUGAUUCUAGCAGCAGUGACAAUGAGGAGUCUGAAAGAGAUGAAGAAUAUAAAGCCAUGAUGAAAAACUGCCCCCGAAUUAAUCUCACUCUGGCUGAUCUGGAACAGCUGGCUGGCAGUAAUAUGGGGGUUCCAGAAAAUACUGAGAGCAGUGGCCCACAGAGUACCACAAGCUGCAAGUUUGAUAGAGCUUCCAAGAGCCCCAAGGCUCCCCGUAGCAUCUACACAGGCAAACAGUGCAUUUGUCCUGAGGAGAUUCUGGCUUCCCUUUUAAGGGAAGAAAACAUGCACGGUAACAAACCACAGGAAGGUAAGAAAAAGCCAAAAUUUCAGGCAUUCAAGGGAAUAGGGUGUCUCUAUGGAAAGGAAUCGAUGAAAAAGACCUUGAAUAUUGCCUCAAAUAAUAUUAAUGAAGAACAAAGUUCCUUGAAACAUGGGGAUUCCAAUAGCAUUUCCAUAGAAAAUAGGCUGCCACAUGCUAAUGGCUAGCCAAGCAAAUUAACUUCAUGCCAACAUACAAAGAAGAAAAAUGACCUAAAUAACAUUCAGCCUCAAAGACAGUUAACUUAUGAGACCCAGGAUCACAAGGUCGUCUCCCCAAGAAGUUCAGAAAAGGAAAGUAGAAAUCUUAUUUCUAGUCUGUUGCCAUUAAAAGGUAAGAAAUCCUUAAGUCUUAGUGCAAAGAUUCACAAGAUAGGGUUUGAUAAAGAUAAUUGCCAUGGUACCCAACAGAGAGAAGAGGCUUCAGAGGAAGAGGAGUCUGAUUCCAGCAGCAACACAUCUAAUGUGAAACCACCAAAGUACUGUCCUGGGGAAGACACUCAGGAGGGCAUGGCUGAUUUCUUACUUUCUCUUAGUAAUUCAUUAAGUAUGGAUGCUAAGGCUAAGCCCGUUGAAGAUAAUCAGAAGCGUUUGGCAGCCUUGGAGGCAAGGCAGAAAGCAAAAGAGGCACAGAAGAAGCUGGUGCAUAACGCACUGGCAAAUUUAGAUGGACCUCCACAGGACAAGCUGACACACAUCAUCUUUGGUUCUGACAGUGAAAGUGAAAUGGAGGAGGCAUCCACUCAGAAGCAAAACCUGCCAGGAGAACUUGUGAAAGAAUCCAAGGGUAAAGCAUCUGGGAAGCUGUUUGACGGUGAAGAUAAGGAAUCUGAUUCUGAGGAUGACAGUGACAGGUUCAAAAUUAAACCGUUUGAGGGCAGAGCCGGACAAAAGCUCAUGGAUUUACAGUUGCACUUUGGCAGUGAUGACAGAUUCCAAAUGGACUCUAGAUUUCUAGAGAGUGACAGUGAAGAGGAACAGGAAGAGGUCAAUGAAAAGAAAACGGCUGAGGAAGAAGAGCUUGCUACAGAAAAAAAGAAAGCUUUGAAUGUUGUGCAAAGUGUUUUGAACAUCAACUUAAACAACACUACAAGCAAAGGGCCAGUAGCUGCUAAGAAAUUUAAGGAUAUCAUACAUUAUCCAACGAGUCAUGACCACAUCACUUAUGAAAGAACAAAAGAUGAUAAACCAAAAGAAAGCAAAGCAAAAUGGAAGAAAAGGGAGGAAGCUGAGAAGCUACCUGAAGUGUCUAAAGAUAUGUAUUAUAACAUUGCUACAGACUUGAAAGAAAUAUUCCAAGAUACAAAAGAUACCACUGAGAAAGAAAAAGACAAACCUAGACACAAGGGAUGUGGCAGAGAGAAGAAUGAAGAAGUCCACAGUGUCGUAGCCCUGAUGAGUGGGGCUGAGCAACCCAGCAAGUUUAUGUUCUCUUUUUUUGAUUCAGACUCUAAAAAUGUAAAAGAAGAAACCUAUAAAGUUGAAACAGUGCAACCUGGGAAAAUGGUCUGGCAAGAAGAUCCUCAUUUUCAAGACAGCACUUCAGAAGAGGAAGAUGUUACUGAAGAAAAAGAUCACAAAAAGCCCAGCCCUGAAGAAGCAUCAUUUCCCGAAAAAGAGACCACUAGAUUUUUCUUUUUCUCUAAUAAUGAUGAAAGACUUCAUGGUUCUGACUUAUUCUGGAGAGGUGUGGGAAGUAAUAUUAGCAAGAAUUCUUGGGAGGCACGAACAAACAGCUUGCUUAUGGAUUGUCGGAAGAAACAUAAAGAAGCAAAAAAGGAAAGUUAAACCAAAAUAAUAAAUAUCAGCAUUGGUUUUGAAACUGUAUGGAAACAAGGCUUACCAGGAAAUUGACCUACAAAUAAUUUUAGCCAACAAAAAGGACAUUUCAGAGCAGAGAAUAUUCAAAAUCUGGCUGGUGGAAUACCAUUCUGGUCAUCUUUU